AUGUUUGUUUAUAAAAGAGAUGGUCAUAAAGAGCCAGUUAGGUUUGACAAGAUUACGGCACGUAUUUCACGUUUAUGCUAUGGUUUAGAUCCUGCACAUAUUGAUGCGGUUAAGAUCACACAACGUAUUAUCUCUGGUGUAUAUGAAGGUGUUACGACGGUUGAGUUGGAUAACCUGGCGGCCGAGACAUGUGCUUAUAUGACGACUGUGCACCCUGAUUACGCUACGUUAGCUGCUAGAAUUGCCAUUUCGAAUCUUCACAAGCAAACGACGAAGCAAUUUUCACAAGUAGUAUCAGAUCUAUUCCAUUAUGUGAACCCAAAGAACGGCGUGCAUUCUCCUAUGAUAUCGAACGAAGUCUACGAUAUUAUAAUGGAAAACAAGGAUGAGCUAAAUUCUGCCAUUGUCUACGAUCGAGAUUUUCAAUUCAAUUAUUUUGGUUUCAAGACGCUAGAACGUUCGUAUCUGCUGAGAAUCAAUGGUGAAGUGGCAGAACGUCCUCAACAUUUGAUCAUGAGAGUAGCCGUCGGUAUUCACGGCUCUGAUAUUAAAUCAGCUAUCGAGACUUAUAACCUAAUGUCGCUAAGAUACUUCAUUCAUGCAUCUCCAACUCUUUUCAAUGCCGGAACUCCGCACCCACAGAUGUCUUCUUGUUUCUUGGUUGCUAUGAAAGAUGAUUCGAUUGAGGGUAUCUAUGAUACUUUAAAAGAAUGUGCUAUGAUUUCAAAAACUGCUGGUGGUAUUGGUCUUCACAUUCAUAAUAUUCGUUCUACUGGCUCCUAUAUCGCUGGUACAAACGGUACUUCAAAUGGGUUGAUACCAAUGAUUCGUGUCUUCAAUAACACAGCACGUUAUGUUGAUCAAGGUGGUAACAAAAGGCCAGGUGCCUUUGCACUAUAUCUAGAACCAUGGCACGCUGAUAUCUUCGAUUUCGUCGAUAUUCGUAAAAAUCAUGGGAAAGAAGAAAUUCGUGCAAGAGAUCUAUUUCCAGCACUUUGGAUUCCAGAUUUAUUCAUGAAACGUGUUCAAGAAAAUGGCGAUUGGACUCUGUUCUCACCCAGUGAAGCUCCUGGUUUAGCUGAUGUCUAUGGCGAUGAGUUUGAAGCAUUGUAUGUGCGUUACGUUUCUGAAGGUCGUGGUAGAAAAACGAUUAAAGCUCAGAAAUUAUGGUAUGCAAUCUUGGAAGCCCAAACAGAAACUGGUACACCAUUCAUGCUGUACAAGGACGCAUGUAAUGAAAAGAGUAAUCAAAAGAAUUUAGGUACUAUCAAAUCUUCAAACUUGUGCUGUGAAAUUGUUGAAUAUUCUGCUCCAGAUGAAACAGCGGUUUGUAAUUUAGCAUCUAUUGCAUUACCAUCCUGUGUUCAGGUUUCUGAAAAUGGAAAGACUCAAUGGUAUAACUUUGCUAAGCUCCAUGAAAUUGCUAAAGUUAUUACUCGUAACUUGAACAAAGUCAUUGAUCGAAACUACUACCCAGUAAUUGAAGCUAAGAACUCCAACAUGAGACACAGACCUAUUGCUCUUGGUGUUAAUGGUUUGGCAGAUGUUUUCAUGUUGCUGCGUAUACCAUUCGAGUCACCAGAGGCAAAGGAAUUAAACAUGCAUAUUUUUGAAACUAUAUAUCAUGCCUCUUUAGAGGCCUCAUGUGAGCUAGCUGAAAAGGAUGGACCAUAUCAAAGCUAUCAGGGAUCUCCAGUUUCUCAGGGCGUUUUACAGUAUGAUAUGUGGAAUACCAAACCAAGUGACCUAUGGGAUUGGGACACUUUAAAACAACAAAUUAAGAAGCACGGUAUCAGGAACUCUUUGCUAAUGGCACCUAUGCCAACUGCUUCAACGUCCCAAAUUUUAGGGUACAAUGAAUGUUUUGAACCAUUCACGUCAAAUAUGUAUUCUCGUCGUGUCUUAUCCGGUGAGUUCCAAAUUGUCAAUCCAUAUCUGCUACGUGAUUUAGUCGAUCUAGGUAUCUGGGAUGAAAGUAUGAAACAGCAUAUAAUUACUGACAACGGUUCAAUUCAAAACUUGCCAAAUAUUCCUCAGGAAAUCAAAGAUUUGUAUAAAACAGUCUGGGAAAUCUCACAAAAACACAUUAUCGAAAUGGCUGCUGACCGUGCUGCAUUUAUCGAUCAGUCCCAUUCUUUGAACAUCCACAUUCGUGCUCCAACAAUGGGUAAAUUGACGAGUAUGCACUUCUAUGGUUGGAAAAAGGGUUUAAAGACAGGUAUGUACUAUUUGAGAACACAAGCUGCUUCUGCCGCUAUUCAGUUUACCAUUGACAAAUCCGUGGCUGAACUAGCAGGUCAAAAUGCUGUUGAUAUGUCUCAAUUACAACGUCCCAAGUACGUGCCGCAUAAGGUAAACUUAGAAGAUGGAAGUCUAAUGCCAGUUGAUGCAACAGUUAAAGAGACCUCACCGACACCUUCAACUAGCUCGUCAAUUUCUAAUAGCAUCGCAUCUCUAAAGAUUCAAGAUAGUCAGCCUGUCACUCCUAUUGCAUCUAAGCCUCAAUCUGACGUUUCAGGAGGUAAAACAAACAAGGAAUUAUCUGAAGGUGGGAAGGGAGAAGCAAAUGAAUUUGAUAUAUAUAAUUCAAAAGUAAUUGCCUGUGCAAUUGAUAACCCAGAAUCCUGUACUAUGUGUUCAGGUUGA